AUGGCCGACUCCGACACCGAGGACCUCUUCGCCUCGCCUUCAGCUGAAGCAGCAGCAACCAAGGAAUCCAAACAACCACAAACCCUCCCCGAACGCCCCAAAACCCCCAAGACGCCCACGGGCCCUCCCCCCACAGGCGACCCCUUCUCCAACACCUCCGACACGCGCAUCGCGGCCCUAGAGCGCGAGCUCCAAGGCGUGCGCAACAUCAACGAGCUAAUCGAAGGCGUAGUCGGCACGCUGGAGCGCGCCAAGGGCAACAUGUCGACCGUGUCGCAGACCGUGAACACGGCGUCGACGCUGCUCAACACAUGGACGCGCAUCCUGUCGCAGACGGAGCACAACCAGCGCUUGCUCUUGAACCCAGGGUGGAAAGGGGCCGGGCAGGAUCUGCAGGAUAUGGAGAAUGAGGCUUUGCAUAGGCAGAUGAUGGCGGAGCGGAGGGCAGCGGAGGAGGAGAGGAGACGGCAUGAGGCGACGAGGAGACGGGAGGUGGAGGAGAGGCAGAGGGAGGUGGUGGCGCCUGCGGCUUCGGCUCGGGGCGCGAGGGGGACGCUAAGGGCUUCGAGGAGUGGUAGGGGUAGGGCGGCGAGAGGCACAACAAGGGGGACUACAAGGGGGGCGGUGAAGGCGGCGAGUGUGUCGUCGGUUGGAGCGGACCAGAGCUCGUCUAGCAUUGCCACUUCCAGGAGUGCGUCGGGGAUUGGACGAGGGUUCUUGAGAGCAGGAUCGAGAGGCACUCGAGGGUCCUAG